AUGUUCCAGCUACGCCUCAACCGCAUCCGUCGCCGCUGGUCAAUCUCCCCCGAAAUGAACACCGCCACCGUCAUGCCAACCUCCACCUCGCCGCUAAACUCAACGCCGCUCCACCGCUCCAUUUCCUCCCCAACAACCUCUGCGCCGCCAUCGCGCCGCCUGCGGCGCCGACGAACGCACACGUCCUACAUCCCUCGCAUCUCCUCCUCCUCUGCAAUCGUUCCCAGCCCGCAGUUUGUCUCCCCGCUGCACGCCCACUUCCCCGUCCGCUACAGCUCGUGCGACUGGCAGGCCGUGUACUCCACCAUGCGCGACGGCGUCAGUCUGCAGACCUUCUUCGCAAAGUGCGCCGGCCCGGACCCUAUCGUCCUGCUCGUCCGGGACAGCCGCAAGGCCGUCUUUGGCUGCUACACAACCACCCCGUGGAAGUCGUCCAAGCAAUACUAUGGCAACGGCGAGGGCUUUGUGUUCACGCUCUCCCCAUCCGUCAAGGUGCACAAGUGGUCCAGGGCCAACUCUUUCUUCCAGCUGAGCUCCUCGAAGUCUCUGGCCAUUGGCGGCGGCGGCAAGUUCGCCCUCUUCUUGGAUUCCAUGUUCGAGAGAGGAAGCUCGGGUCCCUGCGCUACCUUUAAGAGCCCCUGUUUGGCAUCGGCGGAUGAGUUUGAUAUCGUUGUCGUUGAAGCGUACAAGCUCGUCCCGCCGUUUAGGUUCUCACAGGGGAAGCACCAUUGAGUUACAAAAGCAUGGACUCUGCUACCGGCUCCGUUCGCCAUCUUUCCUUCGUAGGGAUGGUUGUAGCCGUUCAUCUACGUACAAAUGUCGCUCCCAUACCCAGCGAAGGAUUCAACUUCACGAGAGCGGGUGCAUUCAGGAAGCCCAGUGGAAAUGGCAGACACGUUUCGUUGUCUUGACUGUGUGUCAUGCUAAUGCACCGGUCGCCACUGCCCGUAUCAAGUGACGCUUCUCUGCUGAUCAACACCGAAACAACUUGCUCAGAAGAGAACUGAUAUCGUUUCGAACACUGUUCUCUAAUUGCAAGGGGUUACUACCCUUGAAAAUCAUGGAAUUGCAUGCUUGUUACAAGAAAGUUUACACGACUGUAUGUGCACGUGACUAGUUACUUCCAAAGUGGGGGGACAGCCAUGAGUGCCUUCUUUUGAUGCCGAAAUAUGCUGCCCUUCAAAAUUGAUUUAGAUGUGAGCUUUUCAUGGCCAGGAUGUUGCGGUGACCACACACUUAACACCGCCUACCUGCCAGUGAAAUAGGAAACACACUAUUUGGAGGGUUGCCUAGCGCAAAACUUAUUUCUUCUCGCAUAGAAUAGGAGGUCACCUAUCUUAACGGCGGCCCCUACAGUACAGUACAUAGUUCUCAACAUGUCCCUCUACAGCAUUGUGUAUACGUUUGUCUAAAAAUUCUCUCAUCAAUGCCGGCGCAGCGGAACUAAACUUGUCUGAAUGCAUACGCGAUGCUCUGUGUU